AUGCAUGAUGUUGUUACCCCACCCACCCAGUUAUCACCUGCUUUUCUGGGGACUAUUUCGACUGCGCCCAUGAGUACACAUGAUGCAGUUCUCACUGACAUCUCCCACGUUGAUGAUGAGGCCGAUAUUGAGUCCUCCCCCAGAGCGCGAGGGAGAGGCCGAGGUUAUGGUCGUGGGGGACGUCGCGGACGAGGUCGGGGUGCGGGCAGAGGCAGAGGUCGAGGUCGAGCUACAGAUCGUGACACAGUUGCACCAGAUGAGGGAGUUUCACAGCUCACAGCAGUAUCCGAUCUGCAGGCACAGACAGGAUCAAGGGCAGCAGAUGCAGGAGAGGGGGGGUCACACUCACAGGCGCCACAGGCAGUCACUGGAGGGCCACAUGCAGAGGAGGGAGUGCCAGAUAUUCAGAGAGUCUACCACAGGAGAUCGAGGAGGGAGGUCCACGGUCGGGGUUGUGGGACUGGGGGCAGGUUAGGGCAUUAG